CAAGUCCAUCACACUGCUUUCGCACUUAUUUAAAAUCUCGGACCCCGCUGCUACCAUCUACCGUCACAUCUAACAAAUUCAGCGCUUUCCUUGGGAGCGCAAGACUCGCUAAGAGAACUGGCGGCGACUGAGCGUCUCCUCGUUAUUUCAUCGAAAAGGUAAUGGCAUGCUCUGAUCCAGCAACCACACAAAGGGAGUUAGUCCAGGUAACUUCUGCUCCAAGGAAACCCAGGAUUCUGCUUGGUGCUAGUGGAAGUGUAGCUGCUAUAAAAUUCGGAAAUCUCUGCCAUUGUUUUUCUGAUUGGGCAGAAGUAAGAGCUGUGGCCACAAGGGCUUCUUUACAUUUCAUUGAUAGAGCCUCACUUCCUAAGGACGUUGUUCUUUACACUGAUGAGGAUGAAUGGUACAGUUGGAAUAAAAUAGGAGAUAGCGUCCUUCACAUUGAGCUGCGACGGUGGGCUGAUAUCAUGGUUAUAGCCCCGUUAUCAGCAAACACACUUGGUAAGAUUGCGGGGGGCUUGUGUGACAAUCUGCUGACCUGCAUUGUCCGAGCAUGGGAUUACGAGAAGGCCCUCUUUAUCGCACCAGCCAUGAAUACUUUCAUGUGGAAGAAUCCUUUCACAGAAAGGCAUCUCAUGUCAGUUGAUGAACUUGGAGUUGCCCUCAUUCCACCGGUCACAGAAAAGCUAGCUUGUGGUGAUUAUGGAAAUGGUGCGAUGGCUGAACCCGCCCUAAUCUACUCCACCAUAAGACUCUUCUUGGAGACACGGACUCAACGGGGACGUGGAAGAGUUGGUUAGUUUAAUGGGAAUGCUUUGUUGUUGCUGCUCUUUUCAUCUUCUAAUAGUUAACAUUGUUGAUCUUGUGAAUCGUCGAUUGAUGUAAGUCUCAUAUGCUGCAUGAAAGGAGCACCAACUCCCACCCCAUAUAAUAAAAGUCUCUUCAUACAUACGCAGUACAUCUAACGGAUUUUGUAUGCCUCGAAAUACUUGUAAGAUUUCAUUUGAAUUGCAUGUUGUCAAUGGCACUCUGGCCAUUUCUUGCACCCUUAAA